AGCGAGCCUCGUGAAUGGGACACUGGACACUCACCUGCCUGGGUCUGGGUGUGCGCGUCCGCGUGAUGGGGGCGGCCAUCCCAACCCCGCGGGCCGCCAGGAGCGGCUGUGAGUCUGUUGGCGCGGCAGUGGACUGCAGGAAGCCAUAGGGUACUUUGGAAGGCCCUGCCUUCACCAUGGCGGGAGGGAGACCCCACUUGAAGAGGAGUUUUUCCAUCAUUCCGUGCUUUGUCUUCGUGGAGUCGGUGCUGCUGGGCGUCGUGGUCCUGCUUGCUUACCGCCUGGAGUUCACGGACACGUUCCCCGUGCACACGCAAGGGUUCUUCUGCUAUGACAGUACCUAUGCCAAGCCCUACCCGGGGCCUGAGGCUACCAGCCGGGCACCUCCAGCACUCAUCUACGCCCUGGUCACGGCUGGGCCCACCCUCACGAUCCUGCUGGGUGAGCUGGCGCGUGCCUUUUUCCCCGUACCACCCUCAGCUGUCCCCGUCAUCGGCGAGAGCACCAUCGUGUCGGGGGCCUGCUGCCGCUUCAGCCCCCCACUGCGGAGGCUGGUCCGCUUCCUGGGGGUCUACUCCUUCGGCCUCUUCACCACGACUAUCUUCGCCAACGCGGGGCAGGUGGUGACCGGCAACCCCACGCCGCACUUCCUAUCCGUGUGCCGCCCCAACUACACGGCCCUGGGCUGCCCGCCGCCGUCGCCAGACCGACCGGGGCCCGAUCGCUUCGUCACAGACCAGGGCGCCUGUGCCGGCAGCCCCAGCCUGGUGGCCGCGGCGCGCCGUGCCUUCCCCUGCAAGGACGCGGCCCUCUGCGCCUAUGCGGUCACCUAUACGGCGAUGUACGUGACCCUCGUGUUCCGCGUGAAGGGCUCGCGCUUGGUCAAACCCUCGCUCUGCCUGGCCCUGCUGUGUCCCGCGUUCCUGGUGGGCGUGGUCCGCGUGGCUGAGUACCGCAACCACUGGUCCGACGUGCUGGCCGGCUUCCUGACCGGGGCGGCCAUCGCUACCUUCCUGGUCACCUGCGUGGUACACAAUUUCCAGAGUCGCCUGCCCUCUAGCCGAAAGCUCUCUCCCUGGGAGGACCUAGGCCAAGCCCCCACCAUGGACAGCCCCCUCGAAAAGUUAAGUGUGGCCCAGGAACCCGAGGCCUGCAGGCCGCAUCCGACACCGGCACGGCUCACCCCAUCCAAGCCGCAGAACUGCGCCCGCCGUGGCCACCUGAUCCCCAGCUGCGUGUCGUCCAGGGCCCCAGCCAUGUGUUCGUCACCCCGUGUGCCCCGUCCUCGGUUGAGGUCAGAGCCGACGCCCCUGCCGCUCCCCCUCCCCCUGCCAGCACCAACUCCUAGCCAGGGCCCUUCCCCCUCCUCCCCUGGACCUGGGGGGCCAGGCGGAGGUGGUGGGCGCGGCCGGAAGCUGCUGCUGCCCACGCCCCUGCUUCGGGACCUGUACACCCUCAGCGGACUCUACCCCUCUCCCUUUCACCGGGACAACUUCAGCCCUUACCUGUUUGCAAGCCGUGACCACCUGCUGUGAGGCCUGACCACCCCCCAGAACCUACCCCGUCUCCAUUUCUCCCCUGCCACGCGUGUGUGUGCGUGUGCCAUGUGAGUGCCAAAGCCCCCUGCCCCUAAACCAGCCAGGCCUAGGUAUUAGAAGACGGCUGGAGGGAAAUCUGGGGGAACCUCCUGCCUCUCUUGCCCUCUAGGGACACGGCAGUGGGCAGAACUGCGAGGUAGGUCCUUGCCCCUUCGCAUUGCCCUUUUAAGGGCCAUAGCCUGACGCCAUUGGCCGAUGUCCAGCCAAUGAGAGCCCUGAGCUCUCAGUAUUCAUAUAAAGGCGUUUACUCCAGCCAAUGGGAGCCUUCCCAUGACUUCUUAGACGCCUCAGGCAAGAGGGCAACUCCAGCCAGUGUUCAGUGUCUGAACAGCCAAUCAGAGCCCUUGGUUUUCAGAGUCUCUAGAGAGGGUGGGUAUGAUUCCAGUCAAUGGGGGACCGCCCAGGGUCUAAGCAUGUGCAAAGGAGAGAGAGGUGAGGAACUCCCCGCUCCUGGGAAUCAGGGAGUCAGCUGGAGAGGGGGGCAGGCUCCCCCGUGGCAGGGUCCUUAAGGUACCCCUUCCCCUCUCAGUCCAUCCCCCAGUUGCAGCCUCCCACUCAGUCUCUCCUCACCCCCCACUUAAGCAGGGCUUACCCCAGUUCAGAAGUUUUGGGGUCCUGGGUGCUGUGUCUCCCCUGGCCUGUGCUCAGGUCACCCCAGACCCAUUUGUUAUUUAUUAGGGCUGCAAAAAAGGACUUUCUUUCUCUCUCUCUCUCUCUUUUUUUUUUUUUUUUUUGGUCUCUUGGGAACCACCCCUGUUUUUCACACUGCCCCCCAUUUCUCAGCCUUGUGCACAUGUGCCAUCACGGGGGGCAUGGGUGGACCAAGGGGCUCCUCCACCCCGGGGCAGCCAAAGGCAGUGGGCAGAGAAGACUCUGCCCCCCUUUUCUGCCCUCUCCCCAUCUUUAAUAAAGACCUGGCUUCUCACCUUUAAUAAAGACCUGUUUGUAACACAAGUCUGGCCACCUGCCUUCCUCCCCAGGGUGGUGGGGUGUGGAGGACAUGAAUCACGGGUCUGGAUGCUUGAGAAGCUGAGUGGGGGGUUGUCAUCCCAGUGUCUCUGAGGGCAACCGUGCAGUUAUUAAGUGUCAGGC